AUGACAAAAUCGACGGCGUCAGAGUCAUUUGCCCCGGAUAUUGGACAGUACUACAACCUCGACGAGGAGCAGUGGGUCAUUGAUGAAGCUGCAGGCUCGGGCGGAUGGUUAAACAGCCAAACCAUCGAAAAACUAUGUACAGCCAGAAGUCCUUCCCGGCGCGGAAGCGGUGGACGCCCUACCAUCCAAGUGUCCACCGGCGAGGGUCACGCUGAGGUCCGCGCCGCUGCCCAUACCUUGCAUCUUAAGAUGCGCGUGGCUGGCCAGAUCUAUGCUAAGGUAAACGACGACCCUCUGCCUACGUCUCCUCUGACGCCCCUUCGUGCUCCCGCCGCCCCCCGUCUGGCUUCGACUCCGAACGCCCCAAUGGUCCGUUCGUUGAUGGCUGAGGCAACUGCGCCCUCUCCCGUAGCCUCGCCUGCAACUCGCCGGGUGCUGCGGUUUUCGUCUCCUCCUACCCCGACUCCGAGUCGGUUGGCUCCUCGUUAUUCCACGGCCAGGAAUCCUAUUAUCAUUUCAUCUAAUGAGGAGUCGGAUGCGGGUGAAGACGACGAUGUCUUUGAAGGAUUUGAUGAGCGUGCGAGUCCUCCCAUCAAGGAGGAGCAAGACUAGGCCUUUGGCAUACCCGUCUCGGGUGCGGCAUUGCCGCUGUCACAAUGUUUGAUUGCCUUUUUUGUUCCUGAAUUCCAUAAAGUCCGUGUUGGUCUCUCCUCAGUAUCUGCCGCCAGAU